AUGAAGGCGAAUAAGAGCACGCUCAAAUACAGGCUGCACGUUGACAUCCAUGUAUCCAUCCUCAGUGCUACUGGCUGCACAUGUAACCCUCGGAGUCCAGUGUUGUCCCACCUGUCGUCGUCUCUUCAGGGCCUGUGGACCAUCCGAGCCUUUGGAGCAGAGGAGAGGUUCCAGAAAGCCUUCGAUGCCCAGCAGGACCUGCACUCAGGUUCGCUGUCCGUCUCCACGGCAUCUGCUCCAUCUUUGUUACCAUCACCACCUUUGGCUGCCUGCUGCUCAGAGACCGUGCAGCUGAAGUCCGCGGUGGAGGAGCUGCCCGGGCAGUUCGAGACGGUUCUGGCCGAGUCGGGCUCCAACUUCAGUGUGGGCCAGAGGCAGCUGGUGUGUUUGGCCAGAGCCAUCCUGAGGAAGAACCGCAUCUUGGUCAUCCACAAGGCCACGGCCAACGUAGACCCCAGGACAGAUGAGCUGAUCCCUCAUCGUCUCAACACCAUCAUAGACAGCGACAGGAUACCGAUGAGUGCAGAGUCUUCUGACCACAACUGAGGGUGACGGACUUUCUUCAUCCACGUCUUCUUCUUCUUCUGCUGAAUGAAUGCAGACGGUGUACCCAGAAGGGUCGGAGGGGGUCAUGCAGGAGAAAUGCAGGGUUUUUUUUCACUAAAUAAACACGAAAAGGAAAAAAAGACGCAUUUUUGUGUUUCAUAACAUCUCCGUUCUAUGUCUCCGAAAGCCCAGGAGGAGACGCACGUCUCAUACUCCCUUCGGUACCUGACACUUACGCCCCCACUACCCCGGGGAUUCGAACUCUAGUUCUUGUGUAACCACACAACCAUCCAAACCGAAUGUUCCGCCACCAACCCACCAAUGCCAAGCACACUUGGACUGUUCUCCUGGUAACUUUGUCUUCGUCAUUGUGGAAGUUAGAUCUCAAAACUCCCAUUAUAA